GUGAAUCGAACCGACACAUAUACCCCCUUCCUCGCUUCCUUCGGUUUAUAAACACGAGACCUUUCUUCCCUCUCUUUCUUUCUCCGAUCUUUUUUGUUUCUUCUUUUGUUCUUGUACUUCGUUUGUAAGAAGAGCAAAUUAUCGGUUUGGUGAGAGAGAGAGAGAGAUGGGUACUCGUGGAGAUGAUGAAGACGAAGAUUGUUUCUUUGAUGCCCCUAAUGACGAUGAUGAUCAACAUGUUCCUCAGGAUUCUGGUUUUCAACUGUGGACCAAUGACCUAGACAGUGUUUCCAACCGACGCCGCAAGUUCCUCCAAUCCAUGGCCUUUAGUUUCAACAAGACUACAGCAGCCGCCGACGACGACAACGACGACGACUCCUCUGUCUCUGAGGAUGAUGAACUUCUUCAACCACCUUCUGAACUUGUCCCCAAAGAGGAUGAUUCGUUGUUGAGGAACGAAUCUACUUCCUCCUCCUCCUCCUCUGUUUUUGAUCGAUCCUCUGUUUCCUCAUCCGAGGAAACAGAUGAUCGAUCCUUGUUCUUCACCCGGAACAGUAGUAGUACAAGUACUCAAGGAUUGAGUGAAUCAAGUUCAAGCAGAUCGGGCAGCUUUCGAGACGAUACUCUGAAGAAAGGUGCACAGUUCUGGUUAAAGAAGCUAGGUGCUCUCACGCACGUCCUCGAGUCUCUAGAUUGUGAUUCAUCACCAACAGCGACGACGACAACGAGCGUGCAGACGUACAAAAAGCAGUUCAAGGAGCUCUCCUCUUUGCGUGUUGACCAGGACUUCACAGCGCAUGAUGGCUCCAUCUUGGCCAUGAAGUUCUCUCCCGAUGGGAGAUUCAUCGCGAGCGCCGGUGAAGACUGCGUCGUUCGAGUUUGGAGUAUAAACGAGGAAGAGAGAACAGACAAGUAUCGAGUGCCUGUACUUGAUUCUGGUGUUUACUUUGGUAUGAAUCAGCAUUAUCAGGUUGAGCCUCUGAGUAUCAACGAUGAGAAGAAGAAGAAGAAGACAGGUAGCUUCUUGAGGAAGUCAUCGGACUCGACUUGCGUUGUGUUACCAUCUAAGAUCUUCUGUGUAUCUGAGAAGCCUCUCCAUGAGUUCGGAGGGCAUACUGGUGAGAUCUUAGAUCUUUCCUGGUCCGACAAAGGGUAUCUCCUGUCAUCUUCUGUGGAUGAGAGUGUUCGUUUAUGGAGAGUAGGUUGUGAUGAAUGUCUCGCAACGUUCGCUCAUAACAAUUUUGUGACUUGUGUGGCAUUCAACCCUGUGGAUGAUAAUUACUUCAUUAGCGGAUCCAUUGAUGGGAAAGUUCGAUUAUGGGAUGUGUCUCGCUGUCGGGUUGUUGACUACACUGAUGUAAGAGAUAUUGUGACAGCUGUGUGUUAUCGUCCAGACGCAAAGGCCGCUGCAAUAGGUUCCAUAACAGGGAACUGUCGCUUCUACCAUAUACUCGAUAACCAGAUGAAAAUGGAUAGAGAGGUUGACUUGUUACAUGGGAAGAAGAAGAAAGUGCCAAGCAAAAGAAUCACUGGUCUUGAGUAUUUUCCCAAUGACUCGGACAAAGUAAUGGUUACCUGUGCUGACUCACAGAUUCGUAUCAUAUCUGGAGAGGAUGUUAUCUGCAAGCUUAAAGCUUCUGGCGUCUGCACAACAAGUGCCUCGUUUACUUUGGACGGUAAACACAUCGUGUCAACAACAGAGGACUCGGGGAUUCAUGUGUGGAAUAAUAACUCUCAGUUACCUAGCAAGAAGCCAUCUUCUGGAAAGCCGAAAAGAAUCAAGUCGUGCGAGAGUUUUAUCUCGCAGAAUGCGUCUGUGGCUGUACCUUGGCUGAGGCAGGCAAACAGGAACAGCCUGAGCGAGUGCAUCACAGAUUUGGACAAGAAGAUAGGGAGAAUGGACAGCUGUUUCUCCCCGAUGAAAGGAUCAUCAACAACAUGGCCUGAAGAGCAGCUGGAGGAUGCUUCAGCAACGACAAUGAGCAGUAGAGGGAAGAAGCUGAAGCUCCUGAAGAAUGUGUUGCAGCCUCACUUGUGGGGGCUUGUGAUUGUAACAGCGACUUGGGACGGAAGGAUCAGAGUAUUCAACAACUAUGGAUUGCCAACUCGGGUCUAAAAGACAAACUGAAUUUAAAUUAAAUAUGGUAGAUUAUAGGAUUCUUUUAUUUGUGUGAAGGUUAUUUAUACUUAGUAGUUAGGCGUAUAAAAUGUAUACACAUUGCUGAUUAUGGUUCUGUGCCUUUACUCUCAGCCCCAAAUUGUCAAUAUUGUUUUCCAGUAAUAUAUAUAAUACACAAUUUUGUUUUGUUUUUC